UUUGCAGCCACCGUAGUUUCUGCUACACGCAUGGAAGGGGAGGGUGAGGCGAACGGUAUUCAAAUGGUUGCAAACUGCAAUUUCAACGCUAGAUGCCACUAAAUCCUACACACUGGACCGUUAAAUGGAAAUAUAUUAUAGUAUCAUAUGUAUAGUACAGUAUAUACUAUAUAUAUAUGGAAUAACACAAGAUGAUGGAAACUUUGAAUGAUCAUGUGCAAAAUUCAUGGUCAGUCAAGGUUCUUUGUAUAAUCCUGUGUAAGAGGUAUUUAGCAUUUAUAGCCAGUAUUUACACAAUUACCAAAUGGUUUAUAACACACUGUAACCAUAUAUAGACCUUUAUAAGUGUUUAUUACUGUCUUAACUCCUGCUAUGAAGCAUUCACAGUAUAACAUGUUGUAAUUACACAUAUGUCAACUGUUUAUGUGUAUAAACAGCAAAUAAAAACUAAUUACAAUCCUUUGUAUUUAGUAUUGCCAGGUCUAUACUGCUCUCUUCAGUGCUUCACAACAUUGAAAUAUAAAACACCUCUUCACUUUGUUUUCUGUGUUCUGGUUAGAUUUUAAUGUGGCAUGGAAAAUUCAUGUCACAAUAAAAAAACAAUUCAUUCAGUUAAUAAAGACAAAAAGUUAAAUAGGUGUCAUUUUAACAUGUGUUUUUCAUUUGAUUACAACACAAUAAAUACAUACAUAAAAAGGAAAUGCAUAUAACAAUGUUUAUUGUAUUUCACUUUAUUUCUGUGUUUGAUUUGUUUUUAUUUAGGCAUUUUAAAUCUUCCACUAUCUCUGGCUGGCUUCCCGGUCGUGGUACGACUGUCUGUCCUCUCCUCUUCCACACUGACUGUUGGCCCGUGACUGAAUUCAAUUAGUAAUUCCAGGUUCUGUACUACUGUCCCACUGGCGUUUUCAGUCCAAAAUUGAGGCAGCGCUACCGCAGCGACAUCUAGCAGUGGUUGAAAAGCUGCGCAUAUGUUUACACCCACACCAUCUCAACCAGGCACUCAGGCAUUCACAUUACCUCAUGCCCACGCUGGAAGAUAUGCUUUUUGAGCUCCCCAAAGCCAAACUUUUAACACUGGUUGACACAGUGAACAAGAUAAUAUCACAGCGGAGACAGAUCACAAACCCCUCAUAGCGAUCUUCAGUAAGCCUAUUCUUAAUAGUCCCAAGCACUUGCAGAGCAUGCUACUGGCUCUCCAGAAUUACGACCUCCGAGUUAUCUACAAAUCAGGACUGGAAAUGUAUGUGAGUGACACAUUGAGCAGGGCUGUCACUUCUAACAUCCACCCGGGCACUAUGCAUGCAGAGCAUACGGUCUGCAGUAUGGUGGACGAGCAGCUGGCAAUUGAGCACAUAAAUAUGGCUGACUAUCUUAACGUCACAGACAAGAGACUGCUUCAGAUACAGCAACAUACAGACAAUGACAGACAGCUGCAAGCCAUAUAGACUACUAUUCUGCAGGGUUGGCCCGUUGACAAGGAUGAAACAGAGCAGGCAGUCAGAGAGUACUGGCCUGUCAAAGAGGAAUUAAGUGUUCAGAAUGGAUUGCUAUUUAGGGGACAAAUAGUUGUAAUACCAAAGUCAUUGCGUCCUGAAAUGCUUGCCACAUUGGUGGCAAGGCCUGCUAUAGAGAAGCACGGGAGGCAAUAUACUGGUCUAGAAUGCAGAGUGAAAUAAAGUACUUUGACAGUAAGUGCACAACAUGCAACAAGUAUGCUACUGAACAGCAAAAUGAGACAAUGCUGAGCCAUGACCUGCCCACACGCCCCUGGCAGAUUGAGUCUAGAUCUUUUCCAACACAGUGGGAAAGACAAUGUAAGGCUCAAUUUGCUCAGUAUGGUCAACCUGACAGGGUCAUCGGACCCAAGUUUGCCUGUGCUCGGUUCCGCCAAUUUGCUGCGAUGUCACUUCCUCACCAAGGCAUCCCAAGGCCAAUGGAAAGGCAGAACCAGCUUUCAAAAUCGCAAUUACGUAAGGCAAUUACGUAGCGACUCUGCCUGAUUUGGUGGUGCACCAUUCUGAAUAGCAUGAUGAAAGAGUUUUAGGAGCGAGACUAUUGAUGUCAUGAUGCGGUGACCAGGUGGAGAAGUUGGGGGUUUAGGUGAAGAAGGUGGCUGAAAGUGGAGUGAUUGUGAGCAACCUUUAUUUAUGAUAUCAACGGCGGUGCGGUUGUCUGUAUGGACAAGAAUAACUUUUUUGUACUACUCGUUCCCUCAAAGAAGGGUGACGAUGAUUAUGGGGUACAGCUCCUAGAGGGCGAAGGAAGGAGAGAGCAAGGACAGUUCCGGCGGCCAAUCAGAGGCAAACCAUCUACCGCCGUAGUAACUGCCAAAUCCAAUGGAGGGUGCUGCGUCUGUGUAUAGUUGGAUGUCUUCAGGCUGAGUUAUGUGGUUGUCAUAGAAAAAGGAAAUGCCGUUCCAAGAGGAAAGGAAGUUGCGCCACAGUCUCAGCUCCAUUUUACAGGCGUCAUCCAAGACGAUGCGAACACCGAGCUGAAGGAAGGCAGACUUGAGGAUGGAGAGACCGUGCGAUGGAGGUGUGAUGGUGAGGAAGUUUGUGAUUGUUGAGUAGGAUCCAGCAAGUACUUUGGAAAGUGAAUCGAAUAUCUUGGGGCUGCUCUUGCAUUCGAAAGUAUUAGGAAUCUUUCCGAGAAAUGCCAGAGAACCUCCAGAAAUCCAGAUAUAUUGGCAAAACUUGGAAGGUGCUGGUAAUAACAACUAUCACACAUGCCAUCAACCUCAUCCAUCUUGGUGGCCACAGCACCUGGUUGGCUAAAGCUGUUUAAUGCAUUGAAAAAUCCGGACUGGGGAUGAGGCUGUUGAUGCUUGGUGUAGUGGCACCGUGGGGAGAAGAGAGAUCUAUAAUGAGUCUCAUCUUGCCAGAGUACUUCCUGGUAGCAAUGAUGAUGGGGCUGAUGCGAUAGAUUGGGAAAGGGGUUCUACUGAAUGGACCUAUCCUGAAGCCUCAUCAAUUUAUUAUUUAUUUAGCUAGGAGCCUAUCCACUGUAGCAGGAUUAGCCAAGGCAGACUAAAGAUUAAGGCAAGUGGAUGAUGAUUCAGGGAUGACCUCGAUGCCUGGAUGGAAAACUGAAAGUGAACAGGGAUAGAACGGGAGGAAACGGAGUGGGUCCAGAAGAGGGAGAGCCAUGGCUCGUUGCGGCCGUAUGAAUGGCAGUGUUAGUGGAGGUUGCUGCAAGAGAGAAAUAAGAGGGAGCUGCAGGAGCAGGUGGAGCCAAAGGAGCUAUGUUAGCCACAGCUGAAGGAAGGGAAGAAGAAAGGAUGCCAGGAUAGAGGUAUGCAGAGAGAAAGAGGAAAGUUCAUGAGGCAAAUCAAACAAGGAGGGAGCAAGCACAAGGGGUGAUACGACCUGGAUAGUGGAGUGCAGACCUGAUGGCUGGGUGGCUGGCUGCGUAGGAAUGGAGGUGACUAUGGGCAGAGAAGAUUCAGAGACCACGGAUCGAUCAUUGAACAGAUUGCAGUCCAAUGGGUUGAAAACCGACUCGUAGUCCAUGGUGAGGUAAGCAAAUAACUGUUAACUAGAUAACUUGAGUAAAGCGUGUGAGUCUAAGCACAAACGAACAGUCGUGAGAACUGAGACAACCGGGAGAGAAAGGGGUUAGACACGCUUAUAUAGGUAUGCACAGAGCAUGUUGUCUGACUUUACAUCUGAAAAGAUCACUUCAAAGGUGUGGCCAUCUGCAAGUCCAAAGAUGAGUGAUGACAUUCAGAGAAUGGCACAACACUGACAGCUCUUUGACUUUAGUGUUGUGUCUGAUGCUACUGUAUCCAUAUCUGUUGGACCACACUCCUGACUUCAUGUAAAUCCAGAGGGUUAAAGUUCCUCUGGUAGAAAAUGUAGUCUUUUAGAGUCAAAUCCAGCAUCUCAAAUGCCAGAGCAGCGUUGUUGUCCCUCAGGGUGAACGAGUCAAUAAACCUGAAAAUGUUCCACUUGUCCAGGUUCUUUCAUAUGAAGAAGUUCAGGAGAGACAACUGGAGAUAACACAGUACUUGACAAGUUUGAUUCUUACAUGCUUACUCUUUGGAUGAAAGAGAAUAACAGGUUACUUUGAUUCCUUUUGAAUAUCAGUAAAAUCACAUGUUAAACAACUCAGUGUUAAGCUGUGUGUCUGAGGUCUGAUGCAAACUGAAUGCAUCCCCACUGGUUGCAAGGACUUCAUGUUCAAUAUCAAGUUCGUAAAUGCAAGUUACAUUUGGAUUUGACAUACACAUAUAGAUUCUGUGAGAACUACAUUACACAAAUGAUGAGACAGCAGUAAAACUUAACCUACACGUUGUUAAAUAUGUGAUCAAACAAACAAAGCAGAGGUGGCAGUACAGUGUUCUAGAAGAAUCCAUCAUCUCUCUAACUUUCAAUAUGAGUAACAUUUAAGAGAAGUAACAGCAGAUGCCUCCUGUUUAUAUAAACACAUCUUCAUUUUGUAUAUUGAAUCUUUGACUCAUCACUCUUUGGAAGUUCUCAUACACUUAUUGGUUGAGUUGGUUGAAUUCGACAAGAGGUUGAUUUAGCUUGAGUUUCAACUCUUUUUCUUACUAAAAUGACAAACUGGCAAACAGCAAACCUUCAUGUGUGACAUGUGUUCUAGAAUAUCAUUAUGAUGUCAUGUUCUACAAUUCAAAUGCUUUGUGUGUCAUUAAACAUGGUCCCAAAUAUGCUAAUACUGUAAGUUACUUUUCACCAAAGUAACUCAAACCAAAUGAGAAAAGUAACUAAUAACAUUUAUUCACUAAACUCAGGUACAAUUUAAUAUCAAAACAGUCUUGGUUUAGAUCAGUCUCAAAUCAUUUUUGGUUUGUCCCAGUUGUGGGAGAAUGUUCUCAACCUGAAAGAGCAUCUGAGACCAUGACAAUCCUCAACAUUGGAGAUACAAGGUUUUUUACCUUGUAACAAAAUAUUAUGUGUUAGUAGGUCAAAAAGGUUUCUAUUAGAGAAUAAAAUAAGUGAACCUAAUCUUAAUCCUAAAACUGAACAUUUUUACAUUUAAAGGUGGAGUAUGCGAUUCUGAAGAAAUCCAAUACCGUGACAAAUACCAUGAUACAGCGUGAACACCGACACAGCAAUUUCCUCCACCUGAUCCCCAAUCACUUACACACUGGGAUGGACUGCAGUACUUACGAGCUGGAAACCCUGGAGGUCCCUCCUCUCACCCCGACCAGUAAGGAGGUCCUCAGCCAGGCGGUGAAGACCAGUUUUGCUGGAUUUGCCCAGGAGAGAAUCAACCAUCACUUUCCACAGGAUCCUACAUUGUGGUCUGAGUGGGAGGUGAACUACUGGAUGGACUGGUGCCAGGCUGAGUUUGGUCUCCACUGCCUGGGUUCAGACCUGAGAGGCAUGCAGGGAAGUGAGCUGUGUGGCCUGGACAGAGGGGCUUUCCUGGGACUGAUGUCCGACUGCACUGCAGGAGAGAUCCUGUGGGAGCAUCUGGAGAACAUGAGGAGAGAAAACUACUCAGACUAUGUUCAGGAGCAUUCAGAUAAACAUAGUUACCAUGUUCAGUAUCAUUCCACUGGGAGGACAGACCUUCACACUCUGGACCCUGUGACUGUGCAACAUCAAGACUACUAUCUGAUCAAAACAGAAGAUCCCAUCAGGAACAUGACCGCUGCUGCUCUGCUGCAGGAAACAGGAGGGAAUGGAGAGACAGACUCAGAAGUGGAGAUUGCUCACAGUGAUGACUCUGCCAUUGUGGACUCUCUAUUGUGGAUGGCUCCUAUCCAGGACAUAGAGCCAGUGACAGAUGAGACCAUAUCUGAAGAUGUUUUACCACAGCCACACAGUAGCUUCAAAGAAUAUGCAGGCAACAAAACAGAUCUGGGCAGAGCAGUGAUACCAGCAGCUAUCCUUGCUGGUUACACUGGAAGGGGUCCCAUUCAGCUGUGGCAGUUUCUUCUGGAGCUUCUCACAGACCGCAGCUGUCAGUCAUGUAUAAGCUGGACAGGAGAUGGGUGGGAGUUCAAGCUGACGGACCCUGAUAAGGUGGCUCUGCUGUGGGGUCAGAGGAAGAACAAACCCAAGAUGAACUAUGAGAAGCUGAGUCGCGGUCUACGAUACUACUACGACAAGAACAUCAUCCACAAGACGGCCGGCAAACGCUACGUCUACCGCUUUGUCUGCAACCUGCAAGGCCUGCUGGGAAAUGAGCCUGGGGAGAUGCACGCCAUAUUGGACAUCAGUAACAAGAGUCACUAAUGACCUCAACAAAUACUGGCAAGAAGGCGCAAAGAGACACUUUAUUGUAUGGGAUCCUUCAGUUUACAACUUUUUAUUAGUUGCACAGUGUAUAUGUGUGUGUACAUCUGUAGGAGGAUGCUGAGGUUGUCUGCAAAUAUAGGUUCUGAGCCUUAAUGGGUGAAAUGUAGCACUUUAUCUUGACUGUUGUGACUAUUAAACAGUAAAACUCACAGCAAAGUCAUUUAUGUCAUUCAUUCCACUGUGAAUAGAUAAGACUGAUGGGUUUGGUUUAUCAGUAUACUGUACACUACAUAACAUUGA